AAAAUCCAUAAUUCACCAGUGAGUUCUAAUCAUUGAAAUUGUCGUGUGCUAAUGCGUGGCAUUUCAGAAACAUCUCCAAGUCGCACAAUGGCGGAGGACUUGGACGUAGAGGCGAUGCUCGAGGCACCGUACAGAAAAGGGGAGCAGGAAUCGUCCAAAGAUAAGUCCAGGGAGAAUGGGUCCAGCAGGAGAGGUUCUGGGAAAAGCAGACAUCGAUCUCGCUCGCGAUCAAAAUCAAGAGAGCGUCGAUCACGCCGUUCACGAGAUCGUGAAAGGGAUGGACACAGGGAGAGAGAUAGGGAGAGAGAAAGGGAGCGGGAAAAGGAGAGAGGGGAUAGGAGCGAUCGUGAGCGGGAUAGGGAGAGAAAGAGGAGAUCACGCUCUAGAGAUAGAAAGGAGAAAGACAGACAUCCUGAGCGAGGUGAUCGAGAAAAAACGAGGGAGCGAGAAAGGGAGAGGGAGAAGGAUAGGGAUAGGGAGAGGGGAAGGAGAAAGAGGUCCCUGACACCUAUAACACUCCCUCGGGCUCGGCCUCCGUUUGGCAAAGGUGUCAGUCCUCUUGGAAUGCGAACAGAUGAAUUGACACCAGAAGAACGGGAUGCCCGUACAGUAUUUUGUAUGCAACUCUCGCAGAGAAUUCGAGCCCGAGAUCUCGAGGAAUUCUUCUCAUCAGUUGGUAAAGUUCAGGAUGUAAGACUGAUCACCUGCAACAAGACGAGGCGAUUCAAGGGUAUUGCCUACGUCGAGUUCAAAGAUCCAGAGAGUGUAACUCUGGGUCUGGGUCUUUCCGGACAAAAACUCCUGGGAGUUCCGAUAGUGGUGCAGCACACACAGGCCGAGAAAAAUCGAAUGGGUAAUUCUAUGCCAAAUCUAAUGCCCAAGGGUCAGACAGGACCUAUGAGACUCUACGUGGGCUCACUACACUUCAACAUCACCGAGGACAUGCUCCGGGGUAUCUUCGAGCCAUUUGGAAAGAUCGAUAAUAUCCAACUGAUCAUGGAUCCGGAGACUGGGCGUAGCAAGGGGUAUGGAUUCUUGACUUUCAGAAAUGCUGAUGAUGCUAAGAAAGCUUUGGAGCAGUUGAAUGGGUUCGAACUUGCUGGAAGGCCCAUGAAGGUCGGAAAUGUCACGGAGAGAACUGAUCUAAUGCAGGGACCAUCGCUGUUGGAUACUGACGAACUCGAUAGAAGUGGAAUCGACCUUGGGGCAACUGGAAGACUUCAACUGAUGUUUAAACUAGCAGAGGGAACUGGUCUGGAGAUACCACCAGCUGCUGCUAAUGCCUUAAACAUGGCACCUGUGAUACCAACCCCUCAACCACCCCCUCAAGCAGCACCACCCAUAGCUACACAGUGUUUCAUGUUAUCCAACAUGUUCGACCCUCAAAAUGAAACGAAUCCUACCUGGUCCAAAGAAAUUCGUGAUGAUGUGAUAGAGGAAUGCAACAAGCACGGUGGAGUCCUUCACGUCUAUGUGGAUCAGGCCUCCCCUCAGGGAAAUGUCUAUGUCAAAUGUCCAUCAAUAGCUACAGCAGUGGCUGCAGUAAACUCCCUUCAUGGGCGCUGGUUCGCUGGCAGAGUUAUAACAGCUGCUUAUGUACCACUCGUCAACUAUCACUCAUUGUUCCCUGAUGCCAUGACCGCACUGCAAUUACUUGCACCGAGUGCACCGAGACGAGGAAUUUGAUUGUUUUAAUUUAUUGUGGAAUAAGUUGAAAUUUCGAAGUGCUGCGGUCGAUACGAGCUCGUCCGAGCAUUUUUUUUUUCACGAACACCUGCGGAAAUGUCAGUCAUGAAGACUUCAAUGAUUUAUCUGUUGUUGGGUGAUUAUCUUUUGAGACGGGAGGUUUUUUCUUUAUGAAGUGGUUGGGGGAAAUAUGUCUUCAGUUGUUAAUUUAGUAUUCUAUGGGGAUCUUUAUUUGAAAAAUGGUGCAUGUAAUAACUGGGAAAGGAUGUAAUGUCUCAUAAACAUGUUUUGAUUUUUUCUGACGGUGAUCACUGACGAUAAAACACCAAAAGGUCCAAAUACUUGAAGUCCCUCACCACUUCACUACUGUUACGUGAUGAAAAGCUUUUGUAAGAAUCUGAGAACGAUUAUAUCAAAUUGAGGGAUUGUAAGACACAGAAAAUUAGUGAAAAAAAAACAAUUGCCCUCCAAGCAGCAGAAACCGCCGCGGAAAUCAAUGAAAAAUAGUUGAGAAACAAUCUCAGUUUUGUUAAUUAUUUUUAUGGUGUAAUUCAAUUGAAUGAAACUUUUUGUUUUUCUUUUAAAUGAUCAAUAUUUUUUUUUUCUAGCACAUUGAUAUUUAUUUCAAAUUGAAACAACUCGACAAUUAUUUUCAAUUUUCAAUGCAUUUUUUCAGAAUGAUAAUGAAUUACUGCGGCAAAUUGAAGUAGAAGAUGGCAAAUAUAUUUUUUGAAUCGUAAAGGCGUAAUUGAGAGUUAAAAAUUCAUCGUAAGAUUGAUUAUCAACGAAUGUAGAGUACAUAAAUCUGCAUUCGACAUUAGUCGUUAUGUCCUCGACUGAUGAGAUGACGAGGGGCAUAUCCGCUGACAUAAUUUACUUAUUUCAUCAUGAGUAAUUAAUGUAGUUUUUGAAAAAUGGAUUGUAUAUAAGUUUUGUAAAUUAUCGAGUUAGUGAGGUAGGACGUAAACGUUGAUUUUAAUUGAAAUAAAUUCGUAUUUCUGAGAUGUAAGCUUUAUGAGAAAGAUUAAAAAUGAGAAAAUAA